UUUGGAAAAACUUUUGAGUGGCAACAGUCUCAGAUUUAUGUUCUGAUUUUUAUUUUGCUUGUAUAGUUUUUGCCCUACGUAGGAAGCCGGGGGGGGGGGAAGCCGGGUGUAGAAAUGUAGAGAUUUAAGGAACAUAUAUUUUGUAUAGGAGCCUUCAUUAUUUACAUGUAAUUUAAGAAUCGUCUGAACGAUUGAUGAACAUUUGUGUUACUCCUGGCGCAGCACAUAUAAAAGAAUUAUCUUACUGUAUUUAUAUCGAAUACAACACUGUAGGAGAUUUAACCAGAAAAAGAAAUUUUGUUGGAACACAAGAAAUUGGGGCUUUAAAUGAUUGCAAAAUACAAAAAUUUAAAACUGAGGGGUAUAUAGAAAAUAUUCAAUUUAUUGUUGUUUGGAGUGAAAAUAUAUUUUUUGGAAAAGACGAUGUUUUGUACGCGAGUCAUUUCAACGUCAAAAACGAAGAUUUUGUUCCUCAUGGUACAAUUACAUUGGAUAUAAACACCGUCGGAAAAACUAAACUUGAGUAUCAUAGAAAUACUGACUAUUGA